GCGUCGUAUCGGUCUGGUUAGUAUAGAACAAAAGUAAAAUUUUUUUGGAAAAUAGUAAAAUUUCUCGUUUGAAGUAAGCUAGUAUAAACGAAAAUGUUCAAGUAUAUAAAAUAGUUGCAUAAACUUUGCACGGUGUUUGGCUGGUUAUUUUUGUUUGUGCAAAUUGAAAUUGGAAAACGCCCUUUUCCGAAAAUUCAUCGUCAGAUCGUCUCUAGUUGAACAAAAAGUAGUACUGUGGAACAAGGACCGGAAAAUCUUACCCGAGCGCUGCGAAGAUGAAUAAGUGAAGAUCUCUGAAUUUGUUUUUCAUGAUUCAAUAACGCAAUCGUUUCUGACUUUCAAUUAGCGUUUAAACUUCGAGCUUUGUCAGGCAUGAGCUAUUUUUAUUGUGGUUUCAUUGGUGAUGCGAGAUGAGUCAUGAUUUGAUUGAAAGUAUCAUCCAAGCUUGUUCGAUUAGAAAAAAGAAAAUGCAUCAAUGAAUUGUCGCUCGUAAAAAAAUAAAACAGCAGUCGGACAUUUUGGAUUAAAUCGACGUUUUUCUCAGUGCUUGGAUUUAAAGUUUUCAGUCAUCUGAAAAGCUACCAUUUCAAUGCUAGCUAUUAGAGUGUCAAGUGUUGAGUAAAUAGUCAUUUGCUAAUCGUGCAAAAUAUAUACCUACAGACAUCGACAGUGAUACAGAAACAAUCGAAUGCCUCGUGUUGCGAAAAGUAAACAACGUUUGCUUCAUUAGUGCCAACACCGACAUAUUAGAAUUCGAUUUUAAAUUUUUGGAAUUUCCGAUUUAAAAUUUUGGAUUAGAAAUGACGGAAUACAAAUUAGUAGUUGUCGGUGCUGGAGGCGUUGGAAAAUCGGCUCUCACGAUUCAGCUCAUACAGAACCACUUCGUGGAUGAAUAUGAUCCCACGAUCGAGGAUUCCUAUCGAAAACAAGUUGUGAUUGAUGGCGAGACAUGUUUACUGGACAUUUUGGAUACCGCUGGACAAGAGGAAUAUUCAGCUAUGCGUGAUCAGUAUAUGAGAACAGGAGAGGGAUUUCUUCUUGUGUUCGCAGUGAAUAGUGCCAAAAGUUUCGAAGAUAUUGGAACAUACAGAGAGCAGAUAAAGCGCGUAAAGGACGCUGAAGAAGUUCCCAUGGUUUUGGUCGGCAACAAAUGUGAUCUUCAGGCAUGGGCAGUUGAUAUGAACCAGGCGAGAGAUGUGGCGAAGCAGUACGGUGUUCCAUUCGUAGAAACCUCUGCAAAAACUAGAAUGGGAGUUGAUGAUGCCUUUUACACCCUUGUGCGAGAAAUUCGUAAGGACAAGGAAAGAGGGAAAAAGAACCGAAAACAUAACAAGUUAGGACCGGGUCGUCGUUUCAAAUGUCGGCUGCUGUAAUUUCGUUUCUACUGCAUAAAUGAGAGUCGAGUGCUGCCCCUGUCUAACGAACGCUAUCCAAAGGAAGGGAAUCUGUCAUCCCUUGUACGAUCGCACAAAGCUAACAAUCAUUCAGUUGCGUUAUCGUCUCAUUUAAACUCUAUCAACAUAAAUUGAAAAGAUAUGCAAUCAAGUUCAGACUGUCUACCGCGGAUCAGGUACCAGUAUUGUGACUCGAGUAGCACAUUCUCCAUACUUGCCUGGAGAUUUAGGCUUCUAUUAAACCACGCAUAUCUGCUAACAAAAAUAUUUGUACGGAUUGCGGGUAACUUGUGUUCAAUGUUUCUGAAUGCGCAGAGAUUCAAAGAAAAACGCAAUAGUUAUAAAAAAUGGCACAAUUGUCUCAAUGAUUAGUUAUAUUCAAUAAAAUUAUCGGAUUUAACAAAAACCAGAUGUAAUUAAAGAAACAAUUUGCAUUAGCACUCUUUCUAUGUGGUCUUGUUUUUCAUUGUAUUGUGUACCAAAGUCUGUCAACCACAACAAUGAAUAACGAUGAAACUUUACAAUAUUUGAUUAUAAUAAUUGGAAACCAGACUUAAAAAUGGAAAUCUUUGUGAACAGUUUCGGAAUGUUUUUUAGUUUGUUUCAUUUUUCUGUCGUUGAUUGCGCAACGGUCAACAAAGGUCGCAAAGGUCAAAAGUAGAAGAGGCCUCUUUUCGAUUGUAUGUUAUUCGAUUCUGUUUUAAAUUGAUCGAGUCGAUUGCCAAUUCAUCUUGCUAUUAUAUUCAAAAAUUCUGCACGCUGCUUGUAAGGUCAAAAUUGAUAUUUCAUUUUCAAGAAUAAGGUCAAAAGUCGCGGUGAUUCGAUUUUUUUACAUGUAAGAAAAAUUUUAAACGAGGUAAUUAAAAUAUCUAAUUAAUUCAUAAUUUGUGUCGCAUAAAACUUGUAAGCUUGAAAAUUAUUCGAAAAAUUCAUAUUAAUCCAUACGCAUUUAAAAGUCGUUUCACGCACCCAUACGAGGAUCACUAACAAUAGUUCGGUUUUAUUCUCAGUACUCUAUUAAUAGUUUACUACAUGAUAUUUUGAAAUAAUGGAAUGGUUAUUUUCAAUUUAUUUUUAACAUAAUAAAUUAUGAUUGUAGGCCGCUAGUAAUAAUUAUGUAUUAAAUUUUCAUACGCAAUUCUCGUAACUCAAGAUGAAGCGCGUUCACAUGAAUAUAUGAACAUUGCAUGACUAGAUCUACUACGAUAAACAACAUUAUGGGUAUAAAUGGUACCUCGAUGUUCACCGAUUAGACGAGAAAUUAGAGGAAAUAUGUAUGCGACAGCAGUAAUAUGAACUCUCCCAAUUAAUUUCACCCUGCUUAUAAGUAAGUACAUACAUCGCUGUAUUCAAAACAGUAAGGACUAUCACGGUAUCAAUGCGUUCUUUGUACAUAGAAUUAUUUAAGAAAUUAUGACUACACAGUCCAAAUCUCAAGCCUGCAUAAAAGUGCUGCAAGAAAAAUGAAAUUCAAUCACUUUACUCAGAAUAACCUACCAAGCAUUUGCUAAAGUAAAAGCUAGUGAGCCGUAUUGGAUACAGAUAGAUUAUGUACCAAAACUAAUAAUACCUAUUAUUGAAUAAAAAAAACCUGUAGUUAAAAAUAUAUUGUACUUAUAUCUGGAUAGUUUUUGUAUGUACUUUCGAAUAACAGGCAUUUACAUGGAAAAGCGUAAAAAUGCAUGAAAAACAUCAAAUGGAGAUUUUUAUUAUUUGGUUGAGAAUGCGGUAUUGUACCGCAGAAUCUCACAUGCACGUCGCAAUACACAUUACAAGGAAAAAAGUCAAUAAAGGCACUAAACCAAUGUUUCUCUAAUUUCAAAGAAUUUUCCAAAUUUCGAAAGUAAUUAUCGCUUAUUUAGCAAAUAAACUUGACGUCGUUAUGAAAGCAAAAUAGGGUAUAUUCAAGCAGUGAUUUGAUUUGGAGCUAAUGGCAAACAUGCUGUUUGCUGACUAGAAAAUGUCCGCGACAUACACUAAAUAGGUGACCAAGCCUUGGGCUUGGCGUCAGUAGUCUGAAUAUUAAAAACCGAGAAAAAAAAACUUGACGAAAUGUAUUUUCAAGUGUAUCGUUCGUGCUAUGAUAGGUUUCCAGCAAAAUGUGUAAAUGAAUGAUGAAAGAAUUCUGAUGUACAGAAAAGUCACGCCUGAAAGACGAUUGUAGUCAAAAUAUCGAUUAAAUAAAAUUGAUUAAUUACAGAUGAU